AUGGCAUUAUGCAAUAAAAAAUUGUACGCAAAUAGUUAUGAUGAUUUGAAGAAUAUAUUAAGAAAAUUAGAAAAAGAUAAACGUAUUUUUGUAUUCUUUCAUGGUUCGAAAGAUAGUCAAGGAUAUAGUUGGUGUCCAUAUUGUGUUGAAGUAGAAAAGCCAGUAGAAGAAACGGUUGAAUUCUUGUUACCAUCGAAUGGAAUUUUUAUUGAAUGUUCAGUUGGUGAUCGAGCAAGUUGGAAAGAUUCAAAUUGUUCAUUUCGAAAAGAUCCGCAACUGCGAUUGACUAAUAUUCCAACGUUAGUCGAAUGGGGAACGAGUAAACGUUUGACGGAGAAUCAAUUGCUGGAUCCUGAUAUGAUUAAAAUCCUCGUCGAAGAAGAUUAA